AUGGAGGUACUUAUGGCAGAACGAGCCAAUCUGGUCUUUCACAAUAAAGCGAUAGACGGAACUGCCAUGAAACGACUUAUUAGUAGAUUAAUAGAGCACUUCGGAAUGGCAUAUACAUCACAUAUCCUGGAUCAAGUAAAAACUCUGGGGUUCCAACAAGCUACUGCUACAUCCAUUUCAUUAGGAAUUGAUGACCUUUUAACAAUACCUUUUAAGGGAUGGCUCGUUCAAGAUGCUGAACAACAAAGUUUGAUUUUGAAAAAACACCAUCAUUAUGGGAAUGUACACGCGGUAGAAAAAUUACAUCAAUCCAUUGAAAUAUGGAUGACUGACCCUUUUAAUCCAGUUCAUAUAAUGUCUUUCUCGGGAGCUAGAGGAAAUGCAUCUCAGGUACAUCAAUUAGUAGGUAUGAAAGGAUUAAUAUCGGAUCCUCAAGGACAAAUGAUUGAUUUACCUAUUCAAAGCAAUUUGCGCGAAGGACUCUCUUUAACAGAAUACAUCAUUUCUUGCUACGGAGCCCGUAAAGGAGUUGUGGAUACUGCUGUACGAACAUCAGACGCUGGAUAUCUCACUCGCAAACUUGUUGAAGUAGUUCAACACAUUGUUGUCCAUCGAACAGAUUGUGGCACCGCCCGGGGUAUUUCUGUGAGUCCUCGGAAUGGGAACGAA